GGUCCCUGAGCCACAACGGCCCGCUCCGUCACCACCUACCACUGCUACACCCACAGUUUCACCACCUGCACCAACGCCCAACCAACCAGUUGCACCGCAGCCCCCCAUUGCUGGGGUACAAGGUAAGGGACUCUCACCCAUCGAUGCCGCCUGUAGUGAUGGCAAAGGAAUGAUGUUCAAGGGAAAGGAUGGCAAGGACGGCAAAGACGGCAAACAUGGCAAGGACUUUUACGGCAAGGAUGGCAAGGACUUCAAAGGCAAGGACGGCAAGGGAGAUGGCAAGGUCGGCAAGGAUGGCCAACAGGGGAAAAAUGACCACGACACGCAGAAUCCUGGGGCCAACCCCACUCCAGGCCCCGCCACUGCCCCCCCGGUCACCACUACGACCAAUACGAUGCCGGCACCGUCGGCUCCCGAAGCCCAACCUCCACAGCUCCCCGCCAAUGCAUUGAGCCGGGAUAGCACGACCACUUCUAACCCAACCACCCUCGGCACUCAGGCACCUCAGAUGGCACAGUCCACCCAGCCCACGCAUCUCACCCUGCGGUCACACUCUGGCCCUGAGCCUACCACUGACGCAUUCUCGCGUCGAGGUUGGCCCUGGCCUGUCGACGUCGACUCGGCGGCACAUCCCGUAUCGGCGAUGAUUGCCUUCCAAGUACAGCAGCUUGAGUUACAGCUGCAAGACAGCCGGAUCCAACAACGUGAAGGGCUUCGAUCGCUGCGGCUGGCCAACCGGGCAUGGCAGCGUGCAAACCCCCCCGCGGGCAGCACGCUCAAUCCAGUGCCACGUGAACUCGUCGACGAGCUCCUCUCAGCGUUCCAGGACCAUGAAAACCAGGUGGUCAGCUUAGUAGACCGUGUGCACGCAGGCAACGCCAACCUUACGGCCGAUGACGUGGUUUCGUCGUUGCACCACAUUCGAUUGUCAGCUUCCUUGCUUCGUAGCACCUUGGUGCGCGCGGCGGGUCAGUGACUACCCGGCAUCAC